UGUCUAAUGUUAUUGAAGAGUGAUAUUAACGUGUUAUUAUUAUCAGUACCAAGUUCUCGUGAUACCAAUACGAAAGGUUUUUGUCUGAACGUGAAAUACUGAUUCUCGAGUGAUUGUGGAGCACUGUAAUUCGGCCUUAUUUGGAAUUUUCGAGAUAUAAUGGACUUAUCAGAGUCCCGAGUGUGGACAUUGCCAUGCUGUUUCUGAUCAGUGAUCCUAGGAUUGUUAGGAACAAGCGGAAUUGCUCAGAAAAAAUCGUAACGAGAGAAUUGGAAACUCUGAUCUCCUCGCGAUGUCUCUAAAGCCGAAGAAAGUGGACUUUUCUCAGACCUGGGAAGUCCUCCAGGAGACAGUGAAGGGCGUGAUAACCCUGGCGGAUGUUCCCCGUUCAACCUGGAACGACCGCUUCUCGGACGUCUACUCCCUCUGUGUGGCAUAUCCCGAGCCCCUCGCCGAUCGUCUGUACAACGAGACGAAGCGUUUUCUCGAGUACCACGUUAUAGCCCUCCUGAGAAUUGUCUUACAAUCUGGUGACGCAAAUCUCCUGCAAGCUUACCAUCACGCAUGGACCGAGUAUUCCCAGGGUAUAAACUACCUUCACCGUCUCUACCUCUACCUGAAUCAACAGCACAUAAAGAAAACAAAGUUGACAGAGGCAGAGAUAAUCUACGGUACAUGCUCAACAAAUUCCUCGGAUUAUGAGGAAAUGGAGAUGGAGAUUGGUGAGCUGGGUCUGGAUAUCUGGAAGCGAACGAUGAUUGAGCACUUGAAGAAGUCAUUGGUGUUUCAACUGCUGGAGUGCAUUCAUGCCGACAGGAUCAGCGGCGCUCAGGCAGCGAGUACAGACGUCAUCUGCGGGGUCAUCGAAUCGUUUGUCAGGGUCGAGGCUUACAAGAUGAAGGGUGAGCUCGACAUGUACCAGGAAAUAUUUGAGAAACCCUUUCUCGUCGCCUCGGGGGAGUUUUACAACAGGGAGACUGUGGAAUUACUUCAGCAGUCCGAUGUCACCAGGUACAUGGAGCGGGUUACGUGGAGACUUGCUGAGGAGGAACUCAGGGCGCGAAAGUUCCUUCAUCCCAGUAGUAUCCCCAAGGUACGUGCCUGUUGUGAAGAAAAAAUGGUUGCAGCCAACGUAUUCUGGCUCCACGCUGAGGCAGAAUCGAUGAUAGAGAACGAGAGAAAAAAAGACCUAGCCCUCCUGUACAUGCUCCUGAGGCCUCUGCCUUCUGGUCUCCUUCCUCUUGUCCAGAAACUCACCGUACACAUCACCCAACAGGGUCUCAACGCCAUCGGGCCCCUCCAGGGUGAAAAUGUUCAUGUUCAAUUUGUAGAGUCAAUUCUCGAAGUUCAUGCCAAGUACUCAGACAUCAUCGAAGAGGUUUUCAAGAAGGAUCAGGCAUUCGUGGGUGCUCUAGACAAAGCCUGUUCCUCUGUUGUAAAUCACAGACCUGCCUCCAGAUCCCCAGCGCGUGCACCAGAACUCCUCGCUAAAUACUGCGAUACUAUGUUGAAAAAAUCAGCGAAGGGCUUUUCUGAAGCUGAUGUCGACGAUAAGUUAGCUAAAUCAAUAACUGUCUUCAAGUAUGUGGACGAUAAGGAUGUUUUUCAGAAGUUUUAUGCCAGGAUGUUGGCGAAGAGGCUCAUCCAUCAGCAGAGUCAGUCAAUGGAUGCCGAAGAAGCCAUGAUAGACAGACUGAAGCAGACCUGUGGCUAUGAGUUUACUAAUAAACUCCACAGGAUGUUCACAGACAUGUCUGUCUCCAUGGAUCUGAAUACCAAGUUCUCAACAAGUCUGAGGGAGAGUGGAGAGGAGCAUCAGCUUGGAAUAGGGUUUGUUGUUUAUGUCCUGCAGGCUGGGGCAUGGCCACUGUCACUGCCACCCUCGCCAGGGCCUUUCCACAUCCCCCAGCAACUGGAGAAAUCAAUCGCAAGCUUUGAGAAGUUCUAUCAUGCACAGUUCAAUGGAAGAAAGCUCACUUGGCUCCAUCAUCUGUGUCAGGGUGAGCUCAAGUUAAAUUAUCUGAAAAAACCGUAUCUUGUCACUGUGCAGACGUAUCAGAUGGCUCUGCUGCUGCUAUUCGAGGAGUGCGGGCAGAUGACCUGCAAGGAAGUUGCACAUUCUCUCAGGCUAUCACAUGAUCAACUCGUCAAACAUGCUAUGGGACUCGUCGAAUGCAAAAUACUGAAGAAGGAGGACGAUAGAGAGCUCGAAGAGGACAGUCUUUUAAUGCUCAAUUUUGAUUAUUACAAUAAGAGAACCAAGUUCAGAGUCACUGGGGCACUCCAGAGAGAUCAGCCCCAUGACACCGAGGCAACACACAGGAGUGUCGAUGAGGACAGAAAACUGUAUCUCCAGGCCGCCAUCGUCAGAAUCAUGAAGACCAGGAAACUCCUGAAGCAUAAUCAACUGGUUCAAGAGGUUCUCGAACAGCCCAAAGUGACAUUCGCCCCGGCCAUCGGUAUGAUAAAGAAAUGCAUCGAGGCAUUGAUUGAUAAACAAUACAUCGAACGUACGCCAAAUAGCGCUGAUGAGUAUUCCUACGUGUCGUAACCCAACAAAAUCUCAAUUAACUAAUAAAUUCAUUGUCUGAGGUAUUCCCCGGAGGGUAAUUCAAUCGAAAAAUAGUGAGUCAAUUUUUCACAUUAAGAUAUUUUCCCUCAUGAGGAAAAAUAUCAGCAAAUUUUUUUUUCUUGUGAAAGUUCGACAUUUUUCUCCGGAAUUUACUAUUGCAUGAUGACUAGGGGGAACUCAAGCAAUAUGGAAGCCCUGAGGAAGGGCAUAAUUCACAGAUUGGAGGGUCAAACGGCCGCGAAGAUUGCAUCAUUGGAUUCAUUUAGAAAAAAAUAUGUUUUCGUUAAAUAUUUAUUUGAGAGAGGUAGUAGGUUUUUAAUGGAUUUUUUUAAAGGAAAACAUUUUGAAUGUUCCAGUGUCGAUAAUUAUUGUGGGAAUCCACAAUAAUUUUUUCCUAUAAUCAUUGUUAAAAAAUAUAAUCAUGGAUAAUUGAUAAUAAUUUUUUUAUUACGACUUUUUGAUGCUAUUUUUCUCCCACUCAAGGCUAUAACGGAUGUGUUGAUUAUCGAGAGCCCUCUAGUUAUUAUAAUUGGAAUUUAAUUGAAAAAUCAAUUGCUUCUCUCGACUAAAUAUGUAUUUGUCAAAAUAAAUUUCCCAGUGUAGAAAAAACCUCCUGAAUUACGCUGAACAGAUUGGCCGAUUUUCCUACUGAAUCUGUUUACCACUAAUCAACAUCAUCAAGGUUAUCAGUGUCCCAUCAUCGGGGAGUACUUAAAAAAAUUAUUAAACGUGAAAAAACUCGAAGGAAGAACAAAUUGUCUUUGGCUGCUUCUCAAAGAGGCUGAGCGAAAAUCGGUAUAGAUAUUAUAAUUGAAAAUGUAAUAUAUACGUAAUGAAUAAAAAUCAAAUUACUAUUUUA